UGUGUGUUUGCUAUUACUGAAUGAGAUUGUAGGAGCUGGAGGGCAGCGUCCUGCCUUUUAAAGAGCUUUGUAAAGAGCGGCUCAUCCGAAGGCACAGUACGGGAGAGAGAGAGAGCGCCAUCACAGACUGGAUUUACUCACAAAAAGACUUUUCCAAAACGCACACAAAGGGGGAGAUUGACGACCCUUGAAGGCCUCUGUGCCUUGAGUAACCACAAGUCCUUCUAUGUAAUGUGACUGACUCACAGGAGGGGCCAUGGAUGGCAACGUGGACAUGAGGUCAGAACUGGAGGAGAUGCAGCGUUGUGCUGACCAGAUUACAGAUGAGUCUCUGGAAAGCACCCGUCGAAUGCUGCAACUGGUGGAGGAGAGCAAAGAUGCUGGGAUCAGGACUCUCGUCAUGCUGGAUGAACAAGGAGAGCAACUGGAGAGGAUUGAAGAGGGAAUGGAUCAAAUCAAUAAGGACAUGAAAGAAGCAGAAAAAAAUCUCUCGGAUCUGGGCAAAUGCUGCGGCCUUUGUUCCUGCCCCUGCAAUAAGUUAAAGAGCUUUGAGGCAGGAGGAGCUUACAAGAAGGUGUGGGGGAAUAACCAGGAUGGUGUGGUGGCCAGCCAACCUGCCCGAGUGAUGGAUGAUCGGGAACAGAUGGCAAUGAGCGGUGGAUACAUCCGAAGAGUUACUGAGGACGCGCGGGAAAAUGAGAUGGAGGAAAACCUGGAUCAGGUGGGAAGUAUCAUUGGCAACCUACGACACAUGGCUCUCGACAUGGGCAACGAGAUCAGUUCCCAGAAUGCCCAGAUUGACCGGAUUGUGACCAAGGGGGAUAUGAACAAAGCUCGUAUUGAUGAAGCCAACAAGCAUGCCAACAAGAUGCUGGAGAGUGGCUGAAGAAAAGCAAACUAUUCACCCAUCCCACACGCAUUGCCAGAUUCCCCAUUCCAUCUCCAUUGCAGCAUCUGAAAGGUCCUAGAGGGGCAAGUCCCCUGUGCUGUGAUAGGAAACCACAAGGUUCAAUAUCUUUGUGUACAUUUUAAUUUAUUUUACAAUUUUUCAGUGUAAUGAAUUGUUCCAGUUGUGGGAAGUGUAUCUUUUUAAAUGUGUGUUUGUAUUAAUGCCUGUCCAAAGAGUAAAUGGAGUGUAUUCAGUUUUUAA